CUUUAGAAUCCUAAUUGAAUACACCCCCCUAAAAGUCCAUAAACCUUUUAUUUUCAAAGGCCAUUCCAUAACCCUACUUCACCUCUCUCACUCCACUUCACUUUCUUUGAGCCGCCUUCUCCCUUCUCUCUUCAACAACUCUUUCUCUUAUUCUUCUUCUUCUCAGCAUCAUCUCCUCUCUCUCUCUCAUUCAUUUUCAUCCUGGCAAACCUACCCAACCCUGAUCUCGUAUUUGAAGCUCAAAUUAUUGGUUCUUGAUUUUUCAUUUGGGCGUUAUAUAAUCCACCAAAGUGAUGGUCCGGCCCCAUCACAUGAAAAGCUUUGCUCUGAGAGCUGCUUUGGAUGAGGUAUCUGCUCUUGACCCACCUCCUCCUUCGUCUUCUGGAAGUAAGCGCAAACCAACCCUGAGUUCGUAGCGUCUUUGAAGCUCAAAUUGUUGAGCUGUUUCUGGAGUAAAUAGAUGUCUUGCAGCAUCUGAAGAUGAUCUACAAAAGCUUUGCUCUGAGAGCUGCUUUGGACAAGGUCUUUGUUCUUGACCCACAUCUUCCUUCACUUCUGGAAGUAAACACACACCCAACCCCGAGCUCGUAGCAUCUUUGAAGCUCAAAUUAUUGAGCUGUUUCUGGACUGAAUAGAUGUCUUGCAGCAUCUGAAGAUGAUCUACAAAAGCUUUGCUCUGAGAGUUGCUUUGGAUGAGUUAUCUGCUCUUGACCCACCUCCUCCUUCAUCUUCUAGAAGUAAGCGCAAACCAACCCUGAGUUCGUAGCGUCUUUGAAGCUCAAAUUGUUGGUUGGUUGGCCUGGUUGCAGGGCAAUGAUGGAAGAGGCCGGUCUACCGUUGGAGAUUAUCUGGAGGCUUCGAUUUUUAUAGGAGUGGUGUGUGUUGGUCUUCUUCUUCAGAUCGAACUCCAGCUUUCUCUCUGUUUCAGUCUCUUUCUCUAAUUCUCAGACAUGGGUACUUUCAAGCCAUCUUUCCAGCUGCGCUUCAUCCUUCUUCUCAUCGCACGGGUUUAUCUCAAAGGGAUUUCUAGGUUUCAUAAAAAAAGGGAGGAAGAUCUAAGGAAAAAGAACUGGAGUAAUCAAUAUGAGAACCCCCAGUCUGCUCAUCAAUCUGCAUUCCUCAACCUCGCUCUUCCUGGCCAACAUCCCAACCCAGAAGUUGUUGUUCAAGAAGUUCAUAGGAAGGUUUAUGCUUCUUUGGCAAGAAGGCAAAUGCUGCAAGGAACCCAAAAAUACCAGGACUCUUCAUGCCUAAUAGGAAACCCAAUAGAUGACUGUUGGGAAUGUGACCCAAAUUGGCCAGACAACAGGCAGAACUUAGCAGAUUGUGCAAUUGGGUUUGGCCAAUAUGCUCUUGGAGGCAAAGGUGGUGAGUAUGAUGUUGUCACAGACUCUUCUAAUGAUGAUGCUGUGAAUCCAAGGCCAGGCACUCUGAGAUAUGCUGUGAUACAGACUGAGCCUCUAUGGAUUGUGUUCCCUGGCAACAUGCUCAUCAAGCUCUCCCAAGAGCUCAUCUUCAACAGCUGCAAGACCCUUAAUGGCAGUGGAGCCAAUGUCCACAUUGUGGGUGGUGGCUGCAUCACAUUGCAGUUCAUAAGCAAUGUCAUCAUCCACAAUGUGCAUAUCCACCACUGUUAUCCGUCAGGAUUUUGAUCCAUUCCAUGCAGGUGACGCUAAUGUGUGUUCAAGCCCAACCCACUACGGCUACCGCACAAAAUCAGACGGAUUUUGAUCUCAAGGAAACUGACCUUUUGGACUUUAUUUACUCUGUUUAAAAUUGGCUUUCUGAAAGGGAAGAUUUGAAUGACUGAUGAAACAGAGAAUAUGAUUAUAUGUCAAAUAUUAUAUUGUUGUUUUUCAAAUAGCAUUCGUCUUCUGGCUGCUCCUAUCCAUAUAUAUAAUGACAAAUAGCAUAUUUGGAUAAUCAAAUUUGUUCUUUUUCUUCCUUUUCAAAGUUACUAGGUUUAAUUGUAACCGAAAAAAAAAGUUACUAGGUUUAAUUUGUGCUUCCACACAAUAUAUAAUUUAUUCUCCAUUUAGUUUAACAAACUUAUUAACGGCACUCUCUGCAUAUUUUCAGGAUUGAUAAUCAAAUACAAGGCGAUUUCAAUCCAUCUUUCGUUAUCUUCUUGAGGAUGUUGCUUUGGAGCCCAAAGGGUUGAAUAAAAUCCCUGUAGGUCAUGAGUUCAUGCUUUUUUUUAACUUUUACAGGGAACUUUUUACUUGAUGUGGAUAACUAUCAUUCUAGCCAUGACAUUGAUUGAGGAGCCAAUAUAUUUAGCAUUGGAAUUUAAAAUUAACUUUAGAAUUCUUCAUUAGUUCUCAGGUCCAGUGAGAUCUAUUUCUUUUACUUUCGAGGUUUAUAUUUUUUUAUAACUCAGGUGGGUUUUCUGGUAACGCAGCUUCAGCCCCAAAAAUCAAGAAAUUGUGAAUUCUCCAGUAAUGUGUUGAUUCAUGCAGUUGACAAACUCGGGAGCUUCUUAAGGCAAUUUCCUCUUUUUCCAAAUGCGUUUCAGGCCUGAGUCAUUGGGUAUUAUUUUUGGAAUUGUUUUCUUGGUCUUGGGAAUCUUAUUCCAGUAUUUCAACUUCACUGCAGAUUCAAAUAGUUAAAACCUCUACAGAGGACAAGAAAGAACAUAAGCCACCUCUACAGCAGAGCUAACAAGAGAAAGAACCCCUUCUAACAGAGAUCAAGGCAGAAAAAUCCUCUUCCACCACCCAGUAGCAUAUAUAUAAAGACCUAUCCAAACUCUUUUGAACAAUGAGCUGCUCAAUAUUGUCGAUAUUUUGAUGUUUUGAAUGCUACUUGAUUUAUUAAAAUAUGGUCAGUAUUUUAAUCAUGACAAACAGCAUAAAAAACAUGUUAUUAUCCUAUUUUUUGUAACUUAGACUUGCUAAACAAAGCAUGAUGCCACUAUUUAGAUCUCCAUGUCUAUAUAAAUAGUACCGUCUUUCCUACACAUUUCACACGGUUUUAAAACCCGCUGCAUCGCGCGGGCACCAUUGCUAGUUGAUUACGAUUUGAGUAUUUUGAUUGUUUUCCACAUGGUUAAAGCCUACAAGUUUUGAGUCUGAGGCAAGAAGGAAAAGAAGGAAAAGAAGGAGAAGAAGAAAGAUGGAGGAGGAGA